AUGUCAGAACGGAUCGACACAAACAAUAAAAUCUACAAGCUCGCCGCCUCCCCCUUCAUCCUGGAAAGAAAUGGGGAUUAUGAUGACGCUAUAAAGAUGUAUAAAUCCGCAGUCGAAAUUCUAGGAGAGGCGACAAAGACAUUCAAGAAAGGAAAUGUCCGCAAAGUGAACCGCAAGAUGUUUGAGCGCCAAGUUCAGGUUCAUCACGAGCGUCUAGCCUACUUGGAAGGUCUGAAAAAGAAAGGGAGCUAUGAAGGUAUAAUCCUGCCUCCAACGAUCUUGGAUGCUAUGGAAGAGGUCGAAAGAGAUAGCGAGAAAAGUUGGACAUUGACUCAAAUCCGCAAAGAUCUCCACGCUUUCCGUGGAGAAGGCCCCAACAUAACGAAUGCAGAUCCCAGCACCGCUGGAAUACAUAUUCAACCCUUCUUGAAUACCGACCCAUCUGCAAGGCCAUUCUUCUCGUUAACACUACAACCCUCAGCACCAGGAAUAACAUACCGCAUAACUCAUUCGUCAGAACUAGUUGACCUCGGCCUCCGCUCGCACUGGUUCUUCGUCAAAGACUCAACAAACACACACGUUCUCUACGCCCUUCAAUGUCUCUGGAGCAACGAAGUGCCAAUUGUAGAAACAGUACUGCGGCGCGCCGGCGAGUUCCUACCCCAAAUCGGCGCAACAAGUGUCCAAAUUCGCAAGCAGAAGGGUGGCUCAUUUCGGAUGGAAACACGCACAAUCCCGGAUAUGGGCGCUAUAACUGAAAUUCCAGAUGGCGAAAUGCAGCGGAAAGACUGGUCACCUCGCCGCUUUGAAUAUGGGGGUCGCAACUUCGUGUGGAAGAGUGGGGGUGUGGAUGGGAAGAAGGGGGAUGGAGGCAUGUUUGGAUCUUUUGGAUUUACCUGGGAGUCUUUGUAUGAGACGAAGAGAGUUUGGGCUAAGGAAGGGAGUCGGACGGGGAAGAUGGAGGAUGAGACUGUUGGUCCGAGGCUUUGUUGGGGGGAGAAGAAAGGGGGGAAUGGGGCCGAUCAUAGUAUUCAUAUGGUUGGUGGGCUGGAUUUGUAUUUUCGGGAGCAUUUGCUCGCUGUACAAUUGUCUAGGCUGGCAAGAGUCAGCUAUCCGCCUGCUAAAGAUACUACUGGCAUUGAGAUUGCUGCUGCUGGAGUUGGAUGGUUGUCUAUUGUUGCUUCUUUAGCUUGA